AUGCUGUUUGCAUCGGGGCUACGUAAAGCCGUCGAUCAAGCGGAUCCAAGCGCGGCAGCUAUUCUAAUAACGGCUGAAGAGACGAAUCGUCUUCUACUUGAGAAGCGACGUCGUCAAAUGAUUCGUCGCCACACCUGUAGCUCACUGAAGCCCGAAGUGGAUCGUACGGUCUCAUUUCUUACACCCCAAUUAGCUAUUGCUGAGGACGACAGUGAAACAAGCCAGCCACUUCCACCGUCUAUCACAGCUCCUUCGAUAACAACUCGACCUGCUGCCCUCGAUGACUGGGGAACGUCAGCUUUUGCACUACCGGCCGCCACUGCAGGGAGCGCCGCAGUUCCUCCGUAUACGCCAGCCAACAGCGCACCGGCAGCGGCGUCCAGUGUCGACGAUUUCGAUGACGAAUGGACCGACGACGACGAUGACAUGGUGGUGAGUUCAGUCGACACUUCUCUUUCUGUCGUCUUUGUCCACUGUAGCUCUCCUUAG